AUGAAUAACUCUGGAAACCAAUACCCAGUGCACAUUAUUUCAGAUACUAUAAAACAUAGUUGUAAAUGCUCCAGGUCAUUUGGAAAACGUAGCGACUCUACAAAAGGGCCAACUGAGUCAGGGGUACCAGUCGUGUGCCCACAAGCCAAGUAUCCACGAGCUAACUAUCCAAGAAGACAAGACCAAUUUUGGAACCCUCUCAGGCUUGCUAUUCUCACAUUGGUAAUUGUGAUAAUCAUAGCGAUCGCCAUUGCUAUUGUUGCACGCUUGGUCAUUGCGGAUGAAAGGACCUUCUAUUACCUUGUAACCUUUAAGGUCACCAACAUCAAAUAUAAAGAAAAAUAUGCAAGAAAAACUUCAAGAGAAUUCGUAGAACGGAGCCAUCAGAUUGAAAGAAUGAUGUCUAAGAUCUUUCGACAGUCAUCUCAGAAAGGGAGAUUCAUCAAAUCCCAUGUUAUCAAACUGAGCCCUGAUACAGAUGGUGUGAAAGUUCUUAUGUUGCUCCUUUUUCGCUACCCUGCCUCGGUUGGUGUAGUAAGAAUUAAGAAAAAACUUGAAAGUAUAAUAUAUCAAGCCCUGAAAACCAAAAAGUUCUCUUUGGCCAUAAGUAAUCCUUCAAUUAAAAUCACACCCAUUGAUUCAUUGAGGACAAGAGACCUUCUCAACAGCCGUUGUGGGAUACGUACAACCUCAGGAUCCUUGCCAUUAACAGCAGCUUCAACAACCGAUAGGAUAGUCAUGGGUACUUCAGCUGCAUUAACAGGAGAGUGGCCCUGGCAAGCUAGCCUCCAGUUAAAGGAUGCUGGCCACCAAUGUGGUGGCAGCUUGAUCAGUAACACAUGGAUCGUGACAGCAGCUCACUGUUUUCAGAAAAUCAAGAAUCCAAAACAAUGGAUUGUGACCUUUGGAACAACCAUUAUUCCACCUUUAGCAAGACGAAAUGUUGGCACAAUUAUUGUUCAUGAAAAGUACAACAACAUCACACAUGAAAAUGAUAUUGCCUUGCUGCAAUUAGCUGAACAAGUUGAAUAUUCCCAUGAUAUCCAACGAGUUUGUCUCCCAGAAUCUUAUAUAAAAUUGCCACCUCAAACAAGUGUGUUUGUCACUGGAUUUGGAUCUGUAGAAGAUGAUGGACCAACUCAAAACGUUCUUCGCCAAGCUAGAGUGGAAACCAUUAGCACUGAAGUGUGUAACAGAACAGAUGUGUAUAAUGGCCUUAUAAAAAAGGGAAUGCUGUGUGCUGGAUUCAUGGAAGGAAAAGUUGAUGCCUGUAAGGGUGAUUCUGGUGGACCUCUGGUUUACCCUGAUCAUAGGGAUAUCUGGUACCUUAUUGGAAUAGUAAGUUGGGGAGAAUCAUGUGCUCGUCCCAAAAGACCUGGAGUCUACACUCAAGUGACUCAGUAUCUGAGCUGGAUUAAUUCCAAAAUUGGUAUAUAA